AUGAAGUUCACCGCUGCCAUCGCCACGGCGCUCCUCUCUUCCUUCGCCGCAGCUCUGCCCGCAGGGACACUCGAGGCCCGCCAGGUCCUCACCCGCGAGGAGGUUCAGAUGGGCUCGUCCCCCGCUUGCCCCAAGGCCAGCUUCAUCUUCGCCCGCGGCACCACCGAGUCGGGCAACAUGGGCACCCUCGGUCCCCGCGUGGCCUCGGCCCUCGAGUCCCACUACGGCGACCGGCAAGUCUGGAUCCAGGGCGUGGGCGACCCGUACACAGCGACCACCUCGACCAACCUGCUGCCUGACGGCGCCUCGACCGUCGCCAUCAACGAGAUGGUCCGCCUGAUCAACCUCUCCGUGUCCAAGUGCCCGAACACCAAGGUCACCGUGGGCGGCUACUCCCAGGGCGCGGCCCUGACCGCCGCCGCCGUGGCCAAGCUGCCCUCGGCGACCCAGGACAAGAUUGUCGGCGCGGUCCUGUUCGGAUACACCAAGAACCAGCAGAACGGCGGGCGGAUCAAGAACUUCCCGACCGACAAGACGGCCAUCUACUGUGCGGUCGGAGAUCUCGUGUGCACGGGGAGCCUGGUGAUCACGGCUGCGCACUUGUCCUACCAGGACGAGGCUGCUGGUGCGGCGCCGCAGUUCUUGAUCUCCAAGAUUGGUGCCUGA